AUGGCCAGCACAUACGAUGAGUGGUUUGUGGAUGCAAAGGAGGAUAGUUCAUUUCACCUAACUGACCUACUGGCGGUCGAAUCAUAUCUGGAUGGAUCUAUCGGUCUCGAUGAUGCGGUCCAAGAGCUUGUCGAAGACGAAGACUGUCAGGACAUAGGCCAGACCUGGGUGAUGCUCCUCGUUCUUGCAAAGCGCUUUCCAGAGGUCCAUGAGAGGCUCGUCGACCUAGUAAAGGGCAUCGUUGCCAUCCCGCCACCAAACGACGAGGAGCACCCAGAUGAAUGGACGGAGGAGGUUGUAAAAAACUUCGGCGUUAACUGGCGGGAUGUCCAUGAUGCGUUAUGGUCGGACCGCCGCCAAAUCAGCCAUGCAUAUGAUGCAGCAGGCCAGCACUGGAUUAAUUACCACGCCUUCUCUGCAGCUUGCAUUCGUGACGGUGUCCUCGAUGACCCGUACUGGGCAUAUGUCGUCAUCAUCGACGGGUUUGAAAGAAAAGUGAGACUCCCCAUCUCUCCCCAGCAGGACGUCGACAUAGCGGCUGCAUCUCAAUAUUUCAUCCAUGGUGCCUGUAAUAUCCUGCGCAACUGCCAGAAUAAAGAAGGGGAAAAGCACGGCGGCUGGGAUGAUGAGAGCGAGCUCUGGAAAGGGGAAAAGGGCCUUAGCCCUGAAAGAUGGAGCUUCUGGAAAGAACGUAUGGGUAUCUUGAGCCAGACAGAUGGGCUAACUGACGAGACGAGGGAUGCAGCUAGGAGAGCAGAGGUGGCGAUUGGAAAAUCGGACAGGAAGAAGAAAGGGACGAAGAACUAG